AUGAAUACCACCUGCUGCCGGCGAUCGCAAUUCGAAGUAGCACCCACUUCUCCGCUCCCAGUUUCAGUGGUGGGUUCUCGAUUUCUCCUGCCAAUCCCCCACCAAGAACCCUGGAGAACGGGAACUGAUUCCAGGUAUUGCAGAGAGAUUAAAACGACUGGUGGCAGAGGAGAAAGGGUCGUGUGUAGCGGAUGGCUCCCUCCUGUGGAUCCAUGGGCGCCAAACAUUGAUUCACAGAGCAUUGCCCCUCAGCUCUUCGCACUCUCUUUGUUCCCGUACAUUGCUUUCUUGUACUUCCUCACCAAGUCCAAGACUGCUCCAGGGCUCACCCUCUUCGGAUUCUACUUCUUGCUCGCCUUUGUGGGCGCUACAAUUCCAGCAGGAAUUUAUGCAAAAGUGCAGUAUGGAACUUCCUUGUCUAAUGUGGAUUGGCUGCAUGGUGGGGCUGAAUCACUUCUCACCUUAACAAACAUAUUCAUCGUCCUGGGCUUGAGGCAAGCACUAAGGAAUGGGAAAGAAUCAGAGAAGAAGGGCUAUUCGGGUCCUGGUUGGUCUGUCAAAGAGGGAAAAAAGGACGUCUGA